AUGUCGGCCCACGGUAGUUCCAGCACCGGCUCCAAGUCAAGCACCGGUAUGGCAUCAGCCACGACUACACCCGCCAAUGCGGCAAUUGGCCAGGACAAGCCCAAGGCUUUCGAUGCACAGGGCGCCAUUGGCAAGCAAUUCACUGAACAAGGCGCACUCGGUGGCGCUGCUCAGGCCGUUGGCGGCCCGUUUGAUAAGGAGGGGGCCAUUGGCAAGCAGUUCACGACGGAAGGUGGCAUCGGAGGCUCAGUACAGAACGCCAUGGGAGGAACGAAAGGGAAGAGCAACUAA